AUGGCCGCCAACUACUGGGCCUCGAGCCAGCGUCGGCAUUGGCUCUUCUCAAGAGAGAAACUGGCCGAUGUUCGGGAGCGCCUUAGAGAACGCGAUAAGGUCAUUCAUUCCCAGUUUCCACUGCCAGACCAGCGUCUCGUGAAUAUUUAUUUGAAUCAGCGUGAGUAUAAACUCAUUAAGCUGGGGAAGCGAAUGUCUACCCGCCAGCAGGCCAUCGCGACGGCCCAGGUAUACUUAAAGCGGUUCUACACCAAGAAUGAGAUCCGCGAGACCAAUCCCUAUCUAGUUCUUGCCACUGCAUUUUAUUUAGCCUGCAAAAUGGAAGAAUGCCCCCAGCAUAUCCGCUUCGUGGUAGGAGAGGCGCGCGGCCUCUGGCCUGAAUUUAUCAGUCCGGAUGUAGCCAAGCUAGGAGAGUGUGAAUUUGCUUUGAUUUCCGAGAUGAAUUCCCAGCUCAUUGUACAUCAUCCAUAUCGGACUCUAUCGGAACUCCAAGCUGAAUUACCCCUCAGCUCGGACGAGGUCGCCCUAGCGUGGUCGGUUAUCAAUGACCACUAUCUCACCGAUCUUCCCCUCUUGCAUCCGCCCCAUGUCAUUUCCAUUAUGGCCAUCAUUGUUGCUGUCGUCUUCAAGCCUUCUCAACCAACCAGUUUCUCUGGCUCUGCCCAAUCUGCUUUGGCGGGGGCGAUGAGAGAUGGAGGAGGUAUGGGUGUACUAGCUUCGCUCGGUGAUAAGGCAGGCUCUGGUCAACCCCGCAUCCAGAAAUUAAUUCAAUGGCUGGCAGAGAGUGAGGUGGACAUCAAGGCCGUCAUUGAAUGUACUCAGGAACUUCUCUCGAUGUACGAGGUAUGGGAGCAAUACAGUGAGAAGCACUGUAAAGAACUACUUGGGCGAAUGGUCAAGAGCAAGAACCUUGACAAGUAA